GGGACUGGGAGGCUGCACUGUGGCAGACACCUGCUGAGGGGUGAGGCUAUGGUCCCCAUCCUGUACCUCCUGCCCACCCUGGGCAGCUACAUCGCGCUCUCCAUCUUCUUCCUGCGCCGACCUCACCUGCUGCACGCAACCAGGGCUCCAGCCUUCCCCAUCCGCCUGGCUGCCCACCGCGGAGGGUCUGGAGAGCGGCUGGAGAAUACUAUGGAGGCCAUAGAGAAUUCCAUGGCCCAGCGAGCAGAUCUCUUGGAACUUGACUGCCAGCUCACACGGGAUGGAGUGGUGGUAGUAUCCCACGACAAGAACCUGUCGCGCCAGUCAGGCCUAAAUAAGGAUGUGAACAGCCUGGACUUCAAGGAACUGCCCCUCUACAAGAAAGAACUGGAGAUCUAUUUCUCACCAGGCCAUUUUGCCCACGGGUCAGAUCGACACAUGAUACGACUGGAGGAUGUAUUCCAGAAAUUUCCAAGGUUGCCCGUGAGUGUGGAGAUCAAAGAAAAAAAUGAAGAGCUCAUUCACAAGGUAGCCAACCUGGCCAGGAGCUUUGACCGCAGCCAUAUUACCAUCUGGACUUCAGAGAAGAGCUCAGUCAUGAAGAAGUGCAAGGCUGCCAACCCUGACAUGCCGAUGGCCUUCACCAUAUUGAGAUCAAUCUGGAUACUGCUGCUCUACUACCUGGGGCUGCUACCUUUUGUCUCCAUCCCUGAGAAGUUUUUCUUCUGCUUCCUGCCCACCAUCAUCAACAGGACUUACUUCCCAUUUUCCUGUGGAUGGAUGAAUCGACUGUCAGCUACGGUUACAAAAUGGUUCAUCAUGAGGAAAAGCCUGAUCCAACAUUUGCAGGACCGAGGGGUACAGGUGCUAUUUUGGUGCCUUAAUGAAGAAUCGGAUUUUGAAGUGGCCUUCAACCUGGGGGCUAGUGGUGUCAUGACGGAUUUCCCCACGGCCCUGAGACACUACCUAGACAAGAAGGAACCAAGGGCCCCUGCCUCCUCAGUCUGAGGCCCUGUCCUCUCUUUUUAAGAAAAAUAAAUAUUUUCU